AUGGCGGCAACUGGUGUUUUGCCGUUCGUGCGAGGCAUUGAUUUCACAAAAAAUGACUUUCGGGAGGACUUUUUCCCAAAAGCGGUUGGCGAAAUGACUGGCCUAAGAUGGUUGAAAGUGAACCGGACAAAAAUAGACUGGAUCCCGGACGAGCUUCAGAACCUAAAAAAGCUCGAAACACUUUCGUUAGUUCGAAACAACCUGGUGACACUGCACGGUGAAGUCCCCACCCUACCGUGCCUUCGAUAUCUCAACUGUCGGCACAACAAGAUCAAAAGCACCGGGAUCCCAAAAGAAGUCUUUGAGCUUGAAGAUCUCUCUGUUUUUGACUUGAGCCACAACGACUUAAGAGAAGUGCCAAACGCGCUCGAAAAUGCGAGAGGAAUUUUAGUGCUAAAUCUAAGUUACAACAGGAUCGAGGCCAUCCCAAACCAACUGUUUGUGAAUCUCGUAGACCUGAUAUACUUAGAUCUAAGUGGGAAUCAGUUAGAAACCCUGCCCCCACAAAUGAGGCGUUUAGUUAGUCUGCAAACCCUGAUACUGAACGACAAUCCGCUCGGCCACUAUCAACUGAGGCAACUCCCAUCACUAACAUCACUUCAAGUUCUUCACAUGCGGAACACUCAACGUACAAUCAUCAACACUCCCGUUUCGCUUGACGCUUCUGCUCUACUCUCAGAAGUUGACUUCUCCCAGAACAACCUCCCACGGGUCCCCGACGUUCUCUACACGCUGUCCUCUCUGAAAAGGGUGAACCUUAGCGACAACCUCAUUUCGGACGUCUCUCCCGUCAUUGGAGAUGUGUGGAAAAAUAUCAGAGUGUUGAACCUGUCUAGGAACAAGCUUACUUCCCUUCCACCUGCACUCUGCAAGCUGACCACCCUCACGAGGCUCUACCUUAACGACAAUCGGCUCGACUUUGAUGGAAUUCCUUCAGGAAUCGGAAAGCUGCACAACCUAGAAGUGUUCAUGGCAGCUCACAACAAUUUAGAGAUGAUCCCCGAAGGCGUCGUCAGGUGUGGUAGGCUGAAGAAACUGGUCUUGGCUCACAACCGUCUCAUCACGCUUCCCGAAGCGAUUCACCUGCUGAAUGACCUGGAGGUGUUGGACCUGCGGGACAAUCCCGACUUGGUGAUCCCGCCAAAGCCGACGGAGCUCCAGCGUGGGAGUGGCAUCGAGUUCUACAACAUCGACUUUUCGUUGGGCACUCAGCUGCGACUCGCUGGGGCUGCUUCAGCCGCACAGCUGCCAGCGCAGACACCCGUAAAAGAUCCAAUCGCUCGCAAGAUGCGGCUACGACGGAGACGAGAAGGAGAGGCGGACAGUGACCAAGCGAAAAUUUUGAAAGGGAUGACGGACAUUGCUAAGGAGAAGGAACAAUCGAGCAGGGACGCCUCAGAGGACUGGGUUGACUCGCUCAAGCCAAAACGUUGGGACGAAGUCUUGGAAAAGCCUCCGAUCGAUUACAGCGAAAUUUUUGAAGAAGAUGUGGGCCAGAUGCCAGGCCUUUUCAUCUGGGAGAUUGACAACUUCUUGCCGAUCCCUCUUGACGAAGCUUUUCUGGGCAAGUUCUACGAGGGCGACUGCUACAUCGUCCUCAAGACCUUCAUGGACGAGUCGCAGAAUUUGGACUGGCUCAUUUACUACUGGAUUGGGUCUUGCGCAACGCUCGACAAGAAGGCGUGCGCCGCGAUCCACGCCGUCAACCUGCGGAACUUUCUUGGGGCCCACUGCCGUACCGUCCGAGAAGAAGAGGACGACGAAAGCGACGAAUUUCUCGCCCUCUUCAGCCACAAGAUCAAGUACAUUCAAGGAAACCGCGCGUCGAGUGGUUUCUACACCGUCGAAGAUACCGAAUACGUGACACGGCUCUACAGGCUCCAUUCUUUGAACCGUCUGCUUCAUGUUGAAACCGUGGCCAUGGAUCCUUCCUCUCUCGACCCACGUUUCGUCUUUGUCCUCGAUGCCGGAAGAAAGAUUUUCGUCUGGUACGGAAAACUGUCCAAGAACACCAUGGUGUCCAAAGGAAGGCUCCUGGCAGAAAAGAUAAACAAGAAUGAACGGAAGAACUUCUCAGAGGUCAUCACUUACGUACAGUCUGAGGAGGAACCCGAUUUCUGGAAGGCGUUUGGUGUUCCCGUAAACUUGCCCGUUGCUGAACCGACGGCGCACGUUCCGGAUGACUUUGUUUCAAUCUGCCCCAGGUUGUACCAGGUGGGACUUGGAAUGGGCUAUCUAGAACUUCCUCAAGUGGACGUCCCCCAAAACAAGCUUGUGCAGAAGCUUCUCGACUCUAAGAAUGUCUACAUCCUGGACUGUUCUGCAGAUAUCUUUGUGUGGCUAGGUAAGAAGUCCACGAGGCUUGUCAGAGCAGCUGCCCUGAAGUUGUGUCAAGAGCUCCUGCGCAUGAUCCAUCGACCCCAGCAUGCUCUGGUCAGCAAGUGCAUGGAAGGCACGGAGACUAUGGUUUUCAAGUCCAAGUUCGUUGGAUGGGACGAUGUGAUUGCGGUGGACUUUACGCGCACAGCGGCGUCUGUGGCAAGAACUGGUGCAGACCUCCUGAAAUGGAUGUCAAAGCAAGAAAACAAAGUAGACCUGUCUGCUCUGUUCAUGCCACGACAGCCUGCCAUGUCAAAAGAAGAAGCCACGCAACUCAUGGAUGAAUGGAAUGAAGACCUCGGAGCGAUGGAGGCACUUGUUCUUGAGGGAAAGAAAUUUGUGAAGCUUCCCGAGGACGAGCUGGGACACUUUUACAGCGAGGACUGUUACGUCUUUCUCUGCCGCUACUGGGUGCCGGCGGAAGGGGCGGCAGAAGGUGGCGCUGAGAACGGCGGAGGAGGAGGUGAUGCUGAAGACCCGGAUGAAGAGGAAGAGGAGGAAGUUGAAGACACAUGGGUGGCAUACUUCUGGCAGGGCAGAGACGCGAGCAACAUGGGCUGGUUGACGUUCACUUUCAGCUUGCAGAAAAAGUUCGAAGCUCUCUUCGGCGAUAAGCUCCAGGUUCUCAGAACUCACCAGCAACAAGAGAACCUGAAGUUCCUGUCACACUUUAAGAGAAAGUUUGUGAUUCAUCAAGGCAGUCGGAAAGACGCGCAGGCCACUGGUAACGGUUCGGUUGAGCUGUACCACCUGAGAUCCAACGGUAGCCCCAUCUGCACACGGUGUAUUCAGAUCCCUGCGGCUGCCUCCAACCUGAACUCAGCAUUUUGCUAUAUUCUGAAAGUCCCGUUCGAACAAGACGACUCUGACGGCAUUGUGUACGUCUGGAUCGGAGACAAAGCAGAAGAAGAUGAGGUCCACCUUGCCGAAGAGAUUGGCGAGAUGUUAAGUAAAUCGGCGGAAUAUUCCAUAGCGACCGUGUACGAAGGUGAGGAACCUGACAACUUCUUCUGGGUUGCUCUUGGAGGGAAAACACCCUAUGAUAAGGAGGCUGACUUCAUGCAGUACACACGACUUUUCCGCUGCUCAAACGAAAAGGGUUACUUUGCUGUGUCCGAAAAAUGCUCAGACUUCUGCCAAGACGACCUCGCCGAUGAUGACAUAAUGAUACUCGAUAAUGGAGCUCAAGUAUUCAUCUGGGUUGGAGCGAAAUGCAGCGAAGUUGAAGUGAAGUUGGCUUACAAAAGCGCUCAGGUAUAUGUGCAGAAUCUUCGUGUGAAGCAGCCAGACUUGACCAGGAAACUGAUGCUCACGGUGAAAGGCAAAGAGUCUAAACGUUUCACGAAGUGUUUCCACAGUUGGGGUGCCUUCAAAACUGUGGCAGAGUAAUCGAGAGGCCAACCGAAAUGCUACGGCGAAUAUGGCGCGCAUCGACAUCCGCGACAUUGUCAGCGAAGAACCUUGGAGUGUCAGCGAACGUGGUGUUGCUACCGUCGCGCUGCUUUUAAAGAGGAAUGCUGAAAGAUGUCAUUUUGAACAAAGUUUCGCGUAGCACAUCCUUCCAAAGAGCAAAGGCAACGGGUUCAGUUGCAGAGGUACGUUUACCAGACCUCCAUUUGUGAUAGUGGAGUCAGGGGUGAAGUCUUGUGGAGGCGCUUGUUCAAGGAAGUAGGUAAAUUUCACCCUAACUUCGACAUUGAGGUUGUGAAUAUGUCAUGAAGAGAAGUGUAACGGCUUUUCGUGGACUUAACCAUUUAUGCUUAUGGCUUUGGUGUGCAUGCAUUGAGCUAAGCAAAUGCCGCAGUCAAAGUGUUAGCUGAGUAGCUACAGGUGAAGACAAAUACGUUUUGUAACAGUGUUCCACAAGGCACACGAUGCAGCGAUGGAUUAAGAAUCCCAAAAGGUGUUUUUACAGUCACUUAAACAAUCCUUCGUGGGAGAUGGAUUUGAAGUUCAGAGGUGCCACAGAUGGUUGUCCGGCAACUGGACAUUGAUAAGAAAGAAGGUUGUAGAACAUGAGGAUCGCUUAUACCAGGUGUUUCACAAACAAAAUAAUAAUAAUAAUAAUAAUAAUAAUAAAUAAAAAACUAAACUGCUGAAUUUCAGAAACUUCUGAUGCUAUCGAGUAACUUUCUGUUCGGUGAACAAUUUGAGACAUCAACCCGGAGCUGAGCAGUCAAUGCCUCAUUUGUAUAAGCUGGCUAAUUAAAUAAAAAUCGUAACUAUUAAAUUUUACUUCGGACACUUUCGGAACCUCGGCUUUACCAGUUGGGACCUUCGGAAAAAAUUAUUCUAGGAGGAAGCCUGCGUCGACACGUAGUGAUUUUUUUUAGCAGUCAAUUGGUUAUUAUUAAUUGGCAAAAAUAUGCAAACUGUUACUGAUUAUACUUACUCGAAAGAAUUGCUUAGUAUCGACGCAGUUUUUUUUUUUCUGGAAUAUUUUUCGGUGAAGGUCCCGAUCAGUAAGACAGGGGUUUCAAAUCUGUCUGAAAGGUUAUGAUUUUUAUUUAAUUAAUGAGCGCAUGCAAAUGAGGCGCUCACUGCCCAAUUCUUGGCUGCGUCUCGAGGACGUUCACCAAAAAUAACGUUAUUUGUUAGCAUCAGCCGUUUCUGGAUUGUAUUCAGCUGAGGGGCUUUUCAAGAAGCGCCCAGUGUUGGAGUAGACGUAGAACAGGGUCUUGGAAGGUGACGCAGCUCAAUGUUGGUCUGCACAACCUCAUAAUGUCAUUUGAUAUACCUCUAUAUAUGCAGGGGUGUCGGAAGUCCCUCUCCAUGGGGGGGGGGGGGCAGCAAUGUGAAGUGUGAAGGCCAAGAACGUUAAGCACCGUCUGUACAUGCAGGGCAGAAAAAAAACUGUGUUGAAACAACACUUGCUACUCUCACUGCAGAAUGACUCAGAGUAUGUCUUCCAAGGCCCCCUGCAGAUUCGGGGGGGCAGCCGCCCCCUUGCCCCCACUUUAUGACGCCCCUGACUUUGACACAGUUGCAAAAUUGUGGUAAUCGUUCUGCGAUCAUUACAUACCAUUAUACACGCAGCAUCGCAUUAGUGGCCUUUUUUUCUCCGAAAAAGACGUCUGUUAAAAAGAAGCAUCACACGUUUCUAAACUCAUACAAGUUAUUCAUAGAAUCAAAUGAAAUUUUUAGGUCUCUUCGAUGCAUUGUAACUAAUCUAUACCUCAUUGCUUUUUUCGUGUAUGUAUUUAUAGAAAAUUUUUCCGAGAAUUUCAGACAUCAUCCGUUAGCACGUAAGAAUUUGUGAUGCCACUUUUUUGAGAGAACUGAAAAUGCGGGAGACGCAGAAGAAGGAAACUUGGACAGUGCGGAGAUUUUUUUUUCUUCUCUCUAAUACACAGCGUGUCUGAGAAGUGUGUCAGCGUUCGCGGUUAUGAGUAUGGUAAAAAUGUUUUUAUCCCAGGUGCUCGGGAAUGCCCUCGUUUUCUAUGCAGCAGAGUGUGCCGUGCGUAUUUAAUUUGUGCGUAACUUAUUGAAAAGUGCUUUACCGUGGCUGAGUGUGAAGAGAAGGAUUGUGUGCCAUAUUAAUUUUGUACGCAAUUAAAGUCUCGCAAAUUGUUUGCAAUAUAAUA